CUUGCCAACCCUCAUCCAGGCUGAGGGGCGUCGCUGAGGCGGCCCCAAAACGGCCGCGCCCCCCGCCAUCCGCCCCCCAUCGCCGGCUUGGACCGGCCCUUCCUCCUCGGGGGAGAGCGGGCGGCUCGGGGGACCGGCUGAGGCCACGCCGGCCGGGCCCCGACGGGGGUCGGGGAGCGUCGUCAAAAUGAGUGACAAGCUGUUCAUUAAUUUGAACAAAUUUCUGCUAGAACUUGUUUUCCAGUCUGAGCGAGACUCAACUGCUAAGGAAGAUGUGAUGCAGUUAACUCAAAUUUGCUCCGCAAAAGUUCUGGAAAGUAAGAAGUGCAUUUUAAAACUGCAUGAAAAUAUAAACAAAAGCGAUGAUGAAAUUGUCAGCUACCAGAAGCAUAAGGAGCAUUUCAAGGACAGCUGUAUCAACUGGAAGCCAACAUACGAUGUCCUUUACAAGCAUGAAAAUUAUUUGCAAGAACAAUUUCAGAAGCACCAGGAAUCCACUGAAAAGGACAAAAAAAUGUAUCAUGAUUAUAUGAGUCAGCAUAAAAAAGUUUUUGCGCAAUACCAGAUCACUUAUUCGGAACGUACUCUAGCAAAGGAGUAUAAUAGAAAAAAAGCAGAAUUUGAAGUCAUCCAUAAUCGAGUUCUGUCACAAACUGAACAAUUUAAAUUAAAGGAAACCACCCUUAUGGAACUUCUAGUUCCUGCACCUUUUAGGUCACUUCCUCACUGGGCGUUACUGAUUGCUAAUUUGAGAUAUAAAACAGAAGACACCCUCAAACAAGCUGCAAGUGUUACCCAGAAAUCACUAUUGCUGAAGAAAGAAUCAGAGGAAAUGGAAACAAAACUUCGGUCUUUGAAAAAUCAGGUUGUCCAAUUUUCAGAAGUUAAGAAGCCUAUUGAAAAUACUGAAAAAAAAAAAGAAAAAAACCCAUUUAAAUCAAGGAUUUCUGAAGGACUCGAGCGUCGGCGACGAUAUCAGCGCAAUAGAAAAGUGUUUCCUCUCUUUAGUUCUCUAAAAUCAGUGAGACCUAAAAAACGGUCCAAGCCCUUUUUGGAACUGAGAAAACCAGGUAAAAGAGGAGUAAGAUCUUCGGGCAGUUCAUCAUUGGCCAGAAUUAGCGUCAACCAAGAGGAGAACGAAGGAAAGGAAUGUAAUGACUCUGCAGUGAGUAAGCUUUCGAAAUAUGACCAACUUGCUGCUUCAGUUAAUUUGCAAGAAUUGCUGCAGUUCAGAAACCCAACUGCUCAGAAACCAUCAAACUAUAAGAAGUCAUUUGACCGAGGAGAAAGAGAUGCUGAAUGUCAAGAUGAGAAUCCAAAGAGGGCGGUAAAUGAUUCUACUUGCAUCUCCCAUGAUACCAGCGCUGAAAACUUUGGAGAGUCAAAAGAAGAUUAUCCUGUAGCAGUAUACAAAAAUAUUGAACAAUUCCCAUGUGCACCUAAGAGCUCCUCGGUUGGAAGAAAUACUGAAAUUUUGAGAACAUCUGAAUCUACUGUGAUGGAAGGACAACUUCCUCUGACAUCUCCAUUUGUAUUAGAUCAAAAUAUAGACUCUGAAGGUCCAAAUCAAGACGCAUCACCCACAAUUCCUUUCUUUCUGACAUCUGCCACCCAGUCACCUGGAUUCAGUUUUUUUGAUUCUGCUCUAUUUACAGGAGACUCACCGAAUCAGUUUGCUGAGAAUUAUUCUGCUGAAAAUUUUAACCGAGGCUCAUCACAGAAAGAUAUUGGAGACUUAUUUGGGAAAUUGGAAGAAGAUACAUUUACAUUUGCAUUUCCAACGGAGUCUUCAACUCAUAAAUUUGAAGGUGGAAAAGAUGACUUCAGUUUCUCUUUUCCAUUUGAAUCCGAUCAGAGUUUGCAACCAUGUUCCUCUACAUCUUCUCCCCAAACUACAAAGCAGCUUAUCUUUUUUUGAACACAUUUCUUGAACUAUUUUGCUAUUCUGUCAGUGAUUAAUUCAUAGUUUUUCACUGUUGUUUAGAAACACAGUGAACACUCUCUCUUCUGUGACAUAAUGCAAUGAGCAAACAAUGAGUUGGUUUAAAGGAUUUUUGUCAUUUAAAUAUUGAAAGAAAUUAAGCAUACUUUCACUUCAUUUUUGUUCCUAUUAUUAGCCUUGUUAAGUAUUACCUUUAAUGGGUCUGACUGCGGCUUCUAUUUAAGCAGAACUUCCAUGAACUCCAACAGAGUUUGUGUUUCUGGAUCCUCUUAAGUGUUUUGUUUUCUCUGUCUUUUCAGAUUAAGUAGUUUAACUGAUUUAAAUCCUUUUCUGACUUUACUGGAAACAUUAAAAUAAUUCCAGCGGCUUUAAUAAAGUACAAGAAUUUCAGUGAUAA